CGCGGGGGAGGGCGCGGUGUAGCGACUACAGGCUGGGGCGCUGACGCCGCAGGCCUUGGGCAUGUCGUGGGCGUGUCGUGGGCGUGUCGUGGGCGUGGCAUAGGGGACGAUGGACGCGCGGGAGAUUUGAACUUUCUCUCCUAGGCUUCAGUGCUGGCGCGGAGCUGAGAGUACAACAUAGUCUUCUCCUUGAUUCAGCUGCAGGCCACAGGCCGGCCAGAGAGAUGGUGGAAGGACCAGGGUGUACAGUGAAUGGAGAGAAAAUUCGGGCGCGAGUGCUCCCAGGACAGGCGGUGACUGACGUGCGAGGAAGGGCUCUGCAAAGCCCUCAGGGCCCAGGGUCGUCACUCGCGGCCCCUGUGGCUGAGGUCUCUUUUCAGGCUGCUGCAAUGAAAGAUAGCAAUGAUUCCAGCCAGAAUUUCUUGAGACUGCUUAAUGGAUACCUUUACAGUGGUGUGGAAACUUUGGGGAAAGAGCUGUUUAUGUUUUUUGGCCCAAAAGCUUUACGGAUACAUUUUGGGAUGAAAGGCUCCAUCAUGAUUAAUUUACUUCCAUGCAAAAAUAAAAAUGGAGAUUCUUCUGUUUUUGAACUGCAGCUCACCAAUGAUUUGAUUUGUUUCUUUGACUCAUCGGUAGAACUGAGAAACUCAGUGGAAAUCCAACAGAGAAUAAGAAUGAUGAGAGAAUUAGAUGUGUGUUCACCUAAAUUUAGUUUCUUAGGAGCAGAAAGUGAAGUUAAAAAACAGAGAGACCGGAUGCUUUGCGAUGUGCUAUUGGAUCAGAAAGUGUUGCCUGGCGUGGGGAACAUCAUCAAAAAUGAAGCUCUUUUUGACAGUGGUCUCCAUCCAGCUCUCAAAGUUUUUCAGUUAACAGAUGAACAGAUCCAUCAUCUUGUGAAGAUGGUGCGUGAUUUCAGCAUUCUCUUUUACAGGUGCUGUAAAACAGGAUCAGCUAUCUCUAAACAUUAUAAGGUUUAUAAGCGUCCUAAUUGCGGUCAGUGCCACUGCAAAAUUACUGUAUGUCGCUUAGGAGAGAAUAACAGAAUGACAUAUUUCUGUCCUCAUUGUCAAAAAGAAAAUCCUCAACACACUGACAUAUGCAAACUGCCCACUAGAAAUACUAUAAUUAAUUGGAGACCUAGCAGUGGAGACCAUCUGACUGACUCAGUGGGUCGGAAAUCAGAAGAGCAAUGGACCUGUUUGGUGUGUACCCUAAUAAAUAAGCCUUCUGCUGAGACAUGCGAUGCUUGCUUCACCUCAAAGCCUGUUGAUUCAGUAUUCAAGAAUGAAGAAAAUUCUAUAGUCUUUCAUAACUUAGUGAAGUACCCUUGUAAUACCUUCAGGAAAGCACAUGCAGAAGUGAAAAUUAACAGGAAAACUGCAUUUGGAACUACAACUCUUGUCUUGACUGAUUUUAGCAAUAAAUCCAAUACUUUGAAAAGAAAAGAAAGCCAAACCCAGACACCAGAUGGGGAAUUUCAAAACUCUCUUCCUGCAAACGUUUGUUUUAGUGAUACACGGCACCCCUCCAAGGAGAGAACAAACUAUAUAACUCAAGUAUCUAACAAAGUAAACACAUCUCCUACAGUCUGCUCUCAGUCUGAAUUAUUUAGUUCAGCACAUAAAAAAUUGAAAACAACCCACUACUCAACACCAGAUCUCAAAAGUUGCAACACUGGAUUUUCUAACAGCCAACUCCAAGCUAGUAUGACAGAUGGUCCUUGUACCUCAAAUGCCGGCGGUCCUCGAUGCAGGAAGCACAACCGCCUGUGUGUUCUCCGUGUUGUCAGGAAGCAUGGUGAAAACAGAGGAAGGCAGUUUUACGCUUGUCCACUCCCUGGAGAUGCACAAUGUGGAUUUUUUGAAUGGGCAGAUUUGUCUUUCCCAUUCUGCAGCCACGGCAAGCGCUCUAUCAUGAGAACAGUGUUGAAGAUCGGACCUAAUAAUGGAAGGAAUUUUUUUGUGUGUCCUUUGGAGAAGGAAAAACAGUGCAAUUUUUUCCAGUGGGCAGAAAAUGGACCAGGGAUAAAAAUUAUUCCAGGAUGCUAAUAUUUUUUUCUUUCUAUAGAAUAUCUAGCAUUUAAUCUCUUCAGACCAUUUAUCCUUGCCUUUGUGAAAUGCAAAGGUUGUAGAAUAUCCGUGGCACACAUACAGGACUUGAGGACUUUGUAUUUUAGCUGGGCCAUCUUUCCUUUCUAUGGCUGUUGUUUUUUCCUUUUAUCUUAAUGAAUGUACUUUUCGUCAGUGUACAGGAUACUGCAUUUGUAAUGUAUAUUUAAUGCAUGUAGUAGUGACAAUAAAGUGUUUUUAGUA